UGUGUGCUCUAACUCCCGGAGAGCAAUCAGGGAGACGGCUCCCCGGCCGGACUUGGCUGAUGUUUUCUUGUUUCUGUUUCAGCCUUCAGGAUAAUUCCUUCAGCAGCUCUGCUGUAACAGAGUGUGACGAAGACAUAGUCUCCCUACAUGAAGAUCAGACUGAUUGCUCCAGUCUCAGAGAUGAAGACAAUAAAGAAAAUUACCCCGAUGCCGGGGCACUCCUAGAGGAGCCCGCAGCACCCUUUCGGGAGCCACCGCAGCAUGUAGAGCAGACCUUGCUGGUGGAAGGCGUGCUCCGUACCAGCAUGGGCAACUUCAAGUCCCGGAAGCCCAAGACCCUGCUCAAGGCAGAGUGCGGGAGGAGCCGUGGAGAAAGUCAGGAAGCAGAGCACGUGAUACCCAGCCAGCCGGAGUGUCGGGGGAGAAUAGGAGCUCAACCCCAUGAGAGUUCACAAAAUCACCCCUUCAGGUGCCAAGAAACAGUGCGAGUUCAACAAAGAAUCGACCAGAGGGCUACCAUUUGGUCAAAAGAUGCUUUUGAGACUCAGCAGGAGUUAAAUGAGGGAGAAGCUGCUCAGGUGCAUGGAUUCAAGGACCCAGCCACAGCGUCAACCCAGAGUGUGCCUGCGGAAGGCGCAGAUGAUGCAGACCCUGCACCAGCCCACAAAGAUGGGCAGAAUGAAGCAGACAGCGCACAAGAAGACCUACAGUCUGUCGGGACUAGCAGGCUGCUCUAUCACAUCACUGACGGUGACAACCCACUUCUGUCACCGCGAUGUUCCAUCUUCAGCCAAAGCCAGAGAUUCAACUUAGACCCUGAAUCAGCCCCUUCUCCGCCCAGUACUCAGCAGUUUAUGAUGCCACGAAGUUCUUCACGAUGUGGCUGUGGUGAUGGCAAGGAGCCACAGACCAUUACCCAGCUCAACAAGCACAUCCAGAGUCUCAAGCGAAAAAUUCGGAAAUUUGAAGAAAAAUUUGAACAGGAAAAGAAAUACCGGGUAGCUAAGCAAGACAAGAACCUCAUAAAGCCUCUUUAUGACAGAUACAGAAUUAUCAAGCAAAUCUUGUCAACACCUUCCCUUAUUCCAACAAUUCAGGAGGAAGAAGACUCUGAUGAAGACUAUCCACAGGGAAGCCAACAACCUUCUUUGACAGAUCCAGCAACUCCUCUUCCUAUUGGCGACCACCUCACCUUCUCUAAUGAAAUUGAGCCUAUUAAGGUCCUGCUGCCAGAUGAAAAAAAAGAAAUCAAACAACCAGCUCUAUCCAUGUCCAAUUUACAUGAGGCCACGAUGCCUGUACUUCUUGACCAUCUCCGAGAAACUAGGGCUGACAAGAAGAGACUUCGGAAAGCCUUAAGAGAAUUUGAAGAACAAUUUUUUAAACAAACGGGAAGAAGUCCACAAAAGGAAGAUAGGAUACCAAUGGCAGAUGAGUACUAUGAAUACAAGCACAUAAAAGCCAAACUGAGACUAUUAGAGGUCCUCAUCAGCAAGCAAGAUGUGGCCAAAACCAUCUGAGGUUCAGGAAAUGUUUCAACCAGGAUAAGGCCAAGUUUCUUUACCUCUGCCAUUCUUGCCAAGUAGUUUCGACAUACUGAAAAUUGAAGCACUUUAGUGGUUGUAUUAGCUGUUUUUAAGGAGGGAUGGCAAGUGUAAUUAUAAAUGAGGAAAAUAUAAAUAAAAAUUAUAAAUGGGGGAAAAUAUAAUAAAUAACAGUAUAAUGGGAAAAAAAUUUGUUUCACUCCAAGGAGAAAACACAUGGUCAGUAUAAUUAUUUCAAAACACAUCUUAAUAUUUUAUCAAACCUAAAUAAUACUUGUUCAUUGGGCCACUUGUUAGGAAAAGUCUAUUUUGUGUCCAAAAAUUGCUUAAGUUAUUAAUAUAUGAAAAGAGCAUGAUUUUUAAAAAAUUAAUCAGAGGAAGAAAAGAAACUUUUCUUUUUAUGUAGGAAGG